AUGGAUGAUAUUGAAGGACUCUACAGAAAAAGAACCUCUAUAGAAAAGGAGAUGGAGGCGUUGCUAAACUUCCUCAACAGCAAAGAAUGCAAGAAGGUUGGUAUGACCGGCGCACUGAUAGACGAAGAGCAAUACCCGCGUGCCGACGUCGAUAUUUACGCGGUUAGAGAAGCAAGGCACCGCGUGCGUUGCCUGGAGAACGACCUCAGGAGUAUAGAGUCUCAAUUGCAAAGUGCCUUGGAAGAACUGCAUCAGAAAUGGCAAAAUUGA